GUGACUGGUAUGAACAGCUUUAUCCCCUGGUGAUCACACUGAAGGACUGCAUGGGAGAGGUGGUGACCAGGGCGAAGCAAUCCAUGGCCUUUGUUCUGCUCCAGGAGCUGGCUUGUGGUCUGCCACAGUGCUUGAUGCUGACUCUGAGAAGAGAUAUUGUCUUUAGUCAAGCACUUGCUGGAUUGGUCUGUGGGUUUAUAAUCAAAUUACACACGGGUUUACGUGAUCAAGGAUUUUUACAACAGCUUCACACUGUUGGAUUGCUUGUGCAAUAUGAGGGACUCCUUAGUACAUAUAGUGAAGAAGCAGGGAUGCUAGAAGACAUGGCUGUGGGAAUUUCAGAUUUGCAGAAAGUAAUGUUUAAAGUCAUUGAAGCCAAAUCAGAAGAUUUUUUGCCUAUUAUAACUGGAAGGCGUGAACAUUACAUUAUAGAAGUCCAGCUUCCAGCAAAGAUGUUUGAGUUGCUGCCACAAGAGAUUAAAGAAGGAAAGCUCCUUCGCAUGUAUCCAGUACUCUUUAAUGUUGGAAUCAAUGAACAGCAAACACUUGCAGAGAGGUUUGGAGAUACCACAUUGCAGGAAAACAUUAACCAGGAAAACUUAGAACUUCUGAAAGAAUAUUACAGGCUGUUUACAGAAAAAAUGCCUCCUGAUU